CCCCGCGUGCGUGAACAAACAGGCGUAAAAACUGAGCUGCGGAGCGCGAGGACAGUCUGAAAACUUAGCGCUGUCCAUGGUUCUGAAUCAGAGGCAGGACGAGCCGGACGAGGGGACCGACGAGCCUGUGAGCGUCAUCUUUUCUUCACGACCUGUUUCAUACCUGAGCACUCCAUGAACAGGGGGACGAUGUAUGUCUACAGUUUUAGACACGUUGCAUUAGAGUCGGACACCAGGAUGAAGGACUUGUGGAUUUAAACCCCUGAAUGAAGAACUCGCCUCGGCUCCACAAAAUGUUUCUGAAGACAUCGUUUCUCACGUACUUUCACUGGCUAUCUAUUUACCGACCCACUCGAGCCCGAUUCAUCCAGUAACCGUUCAUUCAUUCAUCAACAUGAUAUAAGAAUGAACUGAUGCAAUUGAGUUGCCCGUCAAGCAUAGGAGAUCUGCGUUUAAAUCCACUGUAAGAAGAGCAAGGACACGCAACGAGACAUGGCUCGCCUGCUUGUUUUGGUCAACUCCGUGGUCCUGUUGCUUUUUGGCAGCGACAUGUUUUUGGUAGGAGCAAACCGGCCCCCAGCUCCCGUCAAUGUGUCCGUCAUGCACCUGCGGGCUGACUCUGCAACUGUCUCCUGGGAGGUUCCAGAGGGGGAUGUAAUAAUUGGCUUCUCAAUCUCACAACAGAGGCAGGAAGGACAUAUGCAGCGAUUCAUUCGGGAAGUCAACACCACCAGCCGCUCUUGUGUCCUUUGGGACCUAGAGGAGGAGACAGAUUACAUCAUUCAGGUCCAGUCAAUUGGCCUCUAUGGGGAAAGCCAAGCCAGCAAGAAGGUCCAUUUUCGCACUCUCAAGAAGACAGACCGCUUUCCCUCCAACAGCUCCAAUCAAGAUGACCCCACUGUGCAGGGCCUGGACAAGUCCCGGCAUCUUCAAACAGGAGAGAUGAUCAUAAUCGUGGUGGUCUUGCUCAUGUGGGCAGCUGUUAUUGCCCUGUUCUGCCGGCAGUACGACAUCAUCAAAGACAACGACUCCAGCAACAGUAAGGAGAAGGCCAAGCCGUCGUCGGAGAGAAGCACGCCGGAGCACCACAGCGGUGGGCUGCUGAGGAGCAAGUUUCAUCCUUCUGUGCCGUCUAUCAACAUCAUCGAAGUUUGAGAAGUAAAAAAAGCUGAAAACACACGUACAGUUUCUGAGGGUCGUCAUCAGUGAAUGAGUUUGGCUGAGGCUGUCUUUGCAAAAGACAUGCAUGCACACAGUAUUUGUAGAAAAACACUAUAAACUACAGGUGCACACCAAUUCACAUAACGCUUCACAUGACCCUUCAAACCCCAUUACACACACACACACACACACUACAGUACAACAAAAGAAACCUACUCCUGCAGAAUGAUAGUACAUUAACUAAUGAUAACAUUGAAGACUUUGCUGGGUGCUUAGUACGUUAUUGCAAUACAACUCACACAAUCAUCUCUGGGAGGCCGAGCUUCAUGACUUUAAGUACGCAGUGUAUUUUUGAUAUUGGCAUGUCCAAUUAGACAUCACAACCCCCCGUUAUAGAUAACUCAGCUCCAAAUAAAUCCACAUUUUCCCAUUGCAAAUAGUGUUAAUAUAUUGUCUCAUCACAAAUGUGUUGUGAUGCAGAUUGUUUGUAAGGAAAGAAAGAAAAUACAUGUAGUCAUUUGUAAGAACCACCAUGACAAAGUCAUACUGUUUUCUAGUAAUUAAGAUACCAUUUUCUGGUCAGGAUUGUAUUUUUUCAUGUCAUAAUUAAUGACCAUUAUGUCUGUACAUAUUGCGUUCAUUUACUAAAGCUGCAUGCAGGUCAUUAGCCUGUAGAAUAGCAUUUGAUGUGCAUUCAAACUUAGAUGCCAAAAAUCAAGUAAUAAAAAAUGAUUGCAGUCCUGUGAA